UCGGAGCUGGUUGCGCGCGCAGACGGCAGUCCAAGAUGGCAGCUGCUCUGUUGCGGGCUGCCCUGCGAGACGGGGCAGUCGGCCUCCGGAGGAGCUGCGGCGUUCGGUGGCUGAGUCAGACCCAGGGGCCUCCUGAUUAUCCCAGCUUUGUGGAGUCUGUAGAUGAGUACCAGUUUGUGGAACGACUGUUACCUCCCACCAAAAUCCCAUCGCCCCCGAAGCAUGAACAUUACCCCACUCCUAGUGGCUGGCAGCCUCCCAGAGAUCCUCCACCCAACCUGCCCUACUCUGUUCGGCGCUCUCGAAUGCACAAUAUCCCGGUGUACAAGGACAUCACACAUGGCAACCGCCACAUGACUGUGAUCCGGAAGGUGGAAGGGGACAUCUGGGCCCUGCAAAAGGAUGUGGAAGAUUUUCUGAGACCACUGCUAGGGAAGACACCUGUCACCCAGGUUAAUGAGGUGACGGGUACUCUGCGCAUCAAGGGCUACUUUGAUGAACAGCUUAAAGCCUGGCUUCUUGAGAAGGGCUUCUGAGACCUGCUGAUAGGCCUGUGGGGCAGUGUCCACCACAUAUGGGUGCCCAGGAGACCUCAAGAAGAAGUGGACAUUGGAAUUUCUGGGACAGGAACAAAGAGUUGGGCUCAGCCAGGGCUACAGGAAUUUGAUACCAGGCUUUGCUUACAUAAAGAGAAAACCCUCCUACAUACAGGGAUCCACUGGGAGAAGGCUUUCCAGCAUGAGACCUACCAGGAAGAACCAAGCUAAUGGGGGUGGGCAUUAGCUGUUGUCCCUCUCCUUGUUGUGCCCAUUUCUUGUUGCUCCUUUGGGUCAUAUUCAAAUUCUAGCAUUUAUCUGGUAGAAGCAAUAGCCUAACUCUGUUAAGUAAGGUUCACGGAGAAGACCCAUUUGACACAUCCUUGGCUCUAUGAACGUUGUGGAGAAAUAAACUUGUAGAUACAAGUUAGGGGUGGGGGCAGAAUGCCCUAUCAGCCAAGUAGGAAAGCAGGAGAACCCAGUCUUGGUCCCUUUUCCAUUCCAAACCAGACUUAGGCCUGACUGGGUUCCCACCUCCAGGAAGUGCUAGCUGUGGGUGGCCUGGCCACAAGUGGGUACUUGAACACUCCUUGUAGCCCAGCCCAAGGCUGGGCAAGGGUUAGUAGGCAGGAAAAUUCAGGCUUUUCAUCCCUGUUAGCCCAUUCCCAAUUUAUAUCACACUGGUUAGUCCAGAUCCUGGCUGCCUUGCUGGAUCCCUAACCUAGGUAUUGAACCCAAGGCUGUUUCUCCAUAUGUAAAGUGGACAUAUCUUCCUACUUGUUUAAUCUUGGCAUCUUUCCUCUUGGUGACCCCACAGCAUUCUCAUCUACAGCCUGGGCAAGGAAAGGAAAUUAGCCUUGAUCCUAGGCCACAAGCCAGUUGUUAAUGCAAGUUUUUAUUUGGCCGUAUAUACAAUUUAAGCUAUUAAAAUUUUUACAAUAUUUACAAGUUAAAUAAUCAUCUGAAA